CAAACAACCCCGUCUGUGACCCAGCAGGAUGUGGAAGGUCUGUGAGAGAGAGAGAGGGAGCGAAUGACCUUCUUCUUUUCGUCUCGGAUGCCAGCUGGAUGUGGUCUCCUGCCGUUUUUCUGGACAUCAGUGUCACUCCAAUGUUGAAAAACACAUUCACGAAGAUCUGUGUGGGAUUUGUGUUAUUUAUUGGGAAAAGUGAAUGAUUUUGCGAUUCAGUGUUACGCUGUAAAAAGUGUAUUUUCAUAAUGACUAGUUGUCAAGUCCCUCUGUUGACUCCUAAUCGUAUAAGCGAUUGUAGGAGCUACCCUUGGUGCUUCCUUCCCUGCAUUCCCAGUCCCCGUUUUCCCUUGUCCUGUGCAGAGUUUCAUAGAAGAGUAUUAGUGAAAAUGGUCGACUGGGUGCGUGGAUAUGGCUGGUGCGCGAGUCUCCUGGGACUGGCGACUCUGUCAGCCUCGGUCUCCCCCCAGCGGCAUUACCUCCCUCCCUUGGACCCCGCCGCUUCGGUCACCCCUCUGUGUGCCGUGUCCACCUCCGUCAUCACUAGAUACGUGACGACAGUGGAAACGCAGUGGGUAACGACCACUCUGUCGCCAUCCAUGGAGUCGUCACACUUCCUCGGCUACCUCCCCCCAGCUCCUGCCGCCCAGGCCUGCCCGACCACGGUCACCGUCAGGUCAGAAUCUUACCGAAGUCACGGAGGAUUUGUCACCCCGAUGCCCUCCCUCGUGACGCCCUACGAACCCGUGACCAUACAUAACAUAGUCGGGACACCCUGUCGGUGCGAUGCCUGUUCUUACGUCGUUCGGUCGGAUCCCUGCGAGUGCGCGGAGGAAUUCGGGUGCGACGGGGAGCCUCUCUUGCUCAAGGAGACGCGAAGGGAGUGACUCGGAGGAAGUGAAGGGUCGUGUCUCCUUGGACGAAGGGAAAACCAGUCGUGUGACCCUGCAAUGUGUGGUGCCUUUUCUUGUUUCUUGUCAUUACCCUCCUGUAUAUCAUGCUGCUGCAUAGUGAUGAAAAUGUAAUCCUUACAAUAAUUACUGUGUAAAUUGAUAGCCUCACAUCCACAAUCGAAAAAAAAAAACAACGAUACAGACUAUCAAAAAAAAAAAAAAAAAAAAAAA